UCUCUCCAAUCCAGCGAUGUUCUCUGCUUCCCCCAAGCUACUCUGCCCUUACAGUUUUUCUUUCACAAAAUAUCCUAAUUACCAGCUCCCAUUUUCACCCAAAAUUCGCUUCCUUUAUCCUCACAAACCCCUAAUUCGAUGUGCCAGAAAAGGGUCCAAACGAACAGGUAAGUCGAGGUACCCAUCAGAAAAAAAGAAGCUAAAAUCAAUCCAACAAACUCAAACCGAUAUCGAUAAGUUCAAAGGGUUUUGGAGGCUUUUCAAACUCGGUGUUCCCAUUGAUAGAGACGCUGGUAAAGAUUUUCUUGAUGUGUCUGAUGCUUUGCUUGAGGAGGUCGCCAAAGUUCUUGAAUUUCCGGUUGCUUCAAUGUUACCCCCAGAAGCUUUUACAGUUUUAAGGAAAUCCUUUGACGCUAGAAAGAGUCAGAAGGAGCCGAAAUUUGUGUACACAGUGGAAAUGGACGUUGAUAAGCUCUUGAAUCUUGAACCCCGAACAUGGGACUUUAUUUCACGCUUAGAACCCAAAAUUGGGGUAAUCGAGCAUACGACUCAUGAGAAAGUUAUUGGUGAUUUAGUUAACAUAAUACACGAUAACAAGAAACUCAACCAAGAUAGAGUGAAAGGAGAAAAUGGUCAUACUAGUUCAUUAAAUUCUUACAAGCUUCCAUCUACUAAAAAGGCAAAAAUUGCAGUUGUGGGAAGUGGUCCAUCUGGUUUGUUUGCUGCUCUUGUACUUGCAGAGUUUGGUGUUGAUGUGACUUUGAUAGAAAGAGGGCAACCCGUUGAGAAACGUGGGCGUGAUAUUGGUGCUUUGGUUGUCAGGCGAAUACUGCAAACCGAAAGCAACUUUUGUUUUGGCGAGGGUGGUGCAGGUACUUGGAGUGAUGGAAAGUUGGUGACUAGAAUUGGGAGGAACAGUGGAAGUGUUUUGUCUGUUAUGAAAACCUUAGUUCGGUUUGGAGCUCCAGAAAGCAUCCUGGUUGAUGGAAAGCCUCAUUUAGGAACCGAUAGACUCAUACCACUUCUCCGUAACUUUCGACAACAUUUACAAGAUUUGGGGGUUAACAUCAGGUUUGGAAGUAGGGUGGAUGAUCUAAUUGUAGAAAAUGGUCAUGUGGUUGGAGUGAAUGUAUCUGAUUCAAGUGGAAGAUUAGGGUUUAGUAGUGAGAAGCUGGGAUUUGAUGCAGUUGUUCUUGCAGUUGGGCAUUCUGCACGUGAUGUAUACCAAAUGCUUCUUUCUCAUAAUACGGAAUUGGUCCCUAAAGAUUUUGCUGUUGGUUUGCGGAUUGAGCAUCCACAAGAAUUGAUAAACAGCAUUCAGUACUCAAAAUUGGCCAAUGAGGUUCUUAGUGGACGUGGGAAAAUACCAGUUGCUGAUUACAAGGUUGUUGAAUAUGUCAAAAGAGAAGACAAUAAUGAUACACCACAAAGGAGUUGUUAUUCUUUCUGCAUGUGCCCUGGUGGACAGGUGGUUGUAACGAGCAUAGAUCCAUCAGAACUUUGUAUAAAUGGCAUGUCAUUUUCUCGAAGAGCAUCUAAAUGGGCUAAUGCUGCACUUGCUGUCACUGUUUCACCAAAGGAUUUUAAUGAUCUUGGUUUUCAUGGACCUCUUGCAGGUGUUGACUUUCAGAGGGAAUUCGAACAAAGAGCAUCUAUCAUGGGAGGUGGAAAUUUCGUUGUCCCUGUGCAAACCGUUAAAGAUUUCAUGGAUAAUAAAUUGUCUGCAAGUAAUAUACCAUCAUCAAGUUACCGAUUAGGGGUGAAGGCAGCAAAUCUGCAUGAAUUGUUUCCUGUUCAUAUAACAGAGGCGUUGCAGCAUUCAAUCAUGGCGUUUGACCAAGAGUUACCAGGAUUCAUUUCCAGUGAUGCCCUUCUUCAUGGAGUAGAGACUAGAACUAGUUCUCCUGUCCAGAUUCCUAGAAAUCCUGACACCUUCGAGAGUGUGUCAUUGAGGGGAUUAUAUCCAGUGGGAGAAGGUGCAGGGUAUGCAGGUGGGAUUGUGAGUGCAGCCGUUGAUGGGAUGUAUGCUGGUUUUGCUUUGGCAAAAAGUCUAGAUCUUUACAAAGCUGAUGACAUCGAAUCACUUUUUGGAAGGACUCAAAGUUCUGGAUUCAAUAAAUAUUAAACGUAACAUACAAAAUAGAAUUUUAUUUGCAUAGUCCACAAAUUUUGAUCCUUUAGAAACACGUUCUCUAUGUAACAUGACUGUAUAAAUUGGUAAGAAAUCAAAUUCGUUGCAUAAUCUGAUA